AUGAAGUUACACGAGCAGAAGUUCGAACUCCUAAACCACCUACACAAUAAGAGGAACUUAUCAAGUGAACUUCCCUUCUACGUAGAAAGUCUCCUCUACAAGGUUUCUAGUGACGUCACUCUUUAUCCCGUAGAAAACGUUAGAGACCUUGGUGUAAAAGUGUCAAGCGAUCUGAGCUGGUCUAAACACGUCGGGGAUAUGGUCACCAAAGCUAGAAGUAAACUGUCUUGGGUGUUCAGUGUGUUUAAGACACGGGAUAAAGUGGUUAUGAUGACCCUCUACAAGUCUCUAGUCAGAAGCUUAUUGGAGUACUGUUGUCCGCUGUGGGACCCAGUCAAGACGACAGAGAUUCAGCUUUUGGAGGGGGUCCAGCGUACCUUUACAAGCCGCAUUGGUGGUCUAUACAGCUUAAACUACUGGGAGAGGCUAGCUCAUUUGAAGUUAAUGUCCCUGCAACGGAGAAGGGAGAGAUACAUCAUCUUGAUGAUGUGGAAAACGUACCAUAACGUUGUUCCAAAUAGCUGUAGCAUCGAGUUUGUGGAAACAUCCAGAUAUGGCACUAAAGCAGUUGUUCCUUCUCUAUCAAAGUCGAGUUCGAUGAGAAACCAGACACUGUACGAUAGCUCGUUCGCAGUAAAAGGAUCCAAACUGUGGAAUAAGGUGCCGAGUGAAGUGAAAGCCGAGAAAACGUUUGCCAGCUUCAAAAGCUACUGCUCUGAAGGUCAGCCGCAGCUUGAUUUCCUGCCCACCGCUUGGUAUUGGGGAACGUCUUGGCUUUUCAUCUUCAACUGCUCCUGUAAUCAAUCCACCGUGGACCAUGAAAUAGUGGCACAGUUUACUCACUUCUAG